CAUGUCGCGCCGCGGAAAACGACUGAAUUUGCGCUAAAUGUAAAACAAGGUGAAUUUGUGGGAUAAUCGUACCGGAUGACUCGUAUGCCCGUCGCUCGGCAGCGGAAGUUUGCGUUCUUCGUCCUUCUCCAUUCUACCAAAUCGCGCGGACUCAAAUUGUGCGCGUUCGUGGUUUCGUCCGGUCGUUCGUUCGUUUUUGUGUGUUGUGCAAAGUUGACCGUGCCAAAGGGUGGAAAAUGGGUGAAAAACUGUUGAAUGAAAUGAUGGUGGCAAGGGACUUUCAUGUGGACAACUUGCUGGAGUGGUUUCUACAGGUUUUUAAGAAACAUGAAUCUUCGCAUCAUCAUCAGUCCAUCGAGGCAUUCGCCAACUACUUCAUCGGCUUCAUUCACUCACAAACGGAAGACUCUGGCAAGUACGCACCGCCGAGAUGCGAUACACCGAGAAAGACAUCAUCCGGUAAUGCGUUCGAGACGAGCGGGGCAGGGCGGAAACUGUCAAUCAUCGGUCCUGAUGACCCAACGACUACUGGCGGCACACCGACAGCUCCACCGACCAGCGAGGGAGACCGAUUGGCGGAGGGAUCGUUCGUCUCCGGCACUACUGAACCUGACACCACCGGAAGCUCGGCCCAUUUGAGAAAACGCAAACUGUUCGAUAACCACGGACCGGAUAAGCCGGAUCGAAAACCCGUCAGCAGCAACACUGCCACCACCACCACCACUGACACAGUGAACCAGGACGAUGGACGAUCAAGCAAACCGGCAGACUCCCCCGUGAUUGGCGUGAGUUCGACACCCAACGUCGGCAGCAAUCUGUCACGGUGUCGCUCCGCCGGUCAGCCACCGGUUUGUGCAACACCUCCACGCAAUGCAAAUCGUGGUGUUGGUGGUAGCACCAACAACAACAACAACAGCAACAGCAGCAUGCAAUUGCUCUCUUACACCAGCACACCCAUCGCUCGGGAGAAGCUCCAAGGAGGGACACCGAACCAGCGCAGCAACGGUGGCCUUAGUCACCACAGUCAGGAUGCUUCUAAUGGACCGCAGUUUCGCAGCAUUGCCGAGGAUGGCGGUGGCCGGCGCAGUAAAACCAGCUCCCCUUGUCUCGGAGACUUCCUGAUGACGCCGUCUUUGAAGUCCCACAAAAACCGUCGCUCAUCGGCGAUGAACAGCAGCGGCAAUCAUAGUGGUAAUGAGCCGAGCCCUGGCCUGCAGCAAAGCGCCGGAUGCGGCAACAACAACAGCUCGUUGUUUCAGGACAACGAGUUCCCCCAGCUGAGCGCCAACAGUCCUGCAACUUCCACUCCGGUUAAAGGCACCGGUGAUAGUGGAAGAGAGGAUAGUAAAAUGAAAUUUUCCAACUUGAACAAAUCUGCAUCCUACCAGCAACAGCAUCAGCAGCAGACCGACCUUGCGGGAGGUAGCAAAAAAGGUCAACGGAGACGUAUUGCACCGACCACCGUCAGCCAUACGGUAUCGGCGAGGCACGAUUUUAAUUCAUCUUCGCUUAAAUUUGACAAUCACCUCGUGUCGCUCGACAGCACCGACGGUACGGGCGGCAAUGACCCCCGGGGAAUGUUACGCACCUUCAAGGCGGAGAUUCAAAACGACAUCCAGGCGGAACGGGCUCGCCGUCACUCAGGGAGCGGUCAUGCAAAGCAAUCGCAACAUUUAGAGUUAGCGCAGUGGGAAGAAGGGCAAGCAAGUGCAGCGCCUCAAUCUGUGACUGACAGGGUUGAUAUUGAACCGUUCACUGGGCCACUGGAGCCAGCGGAGCUUGCACCGAGAGAAUUGUUGGUUAUAGAUUUCGAUCGUGUUAGGCGGAGAGCUUCAAUCGACCGGCUGGUGGCCGUGUAUGGUCUUCUGAUGGAUCUGAACUUGGUACCGAACCUACUGAACGAGCUGGCAUAUCUUAUCAACUUGGUGAGCGCGGAACGCUACAUCGUGCCAACCGUGCUGACUGAGAGUGGUGGUGGUGCUGAUAGUAGCGAGUGUAGCGUUGACUCACUGCCCAGCAUCCUGCGGAACCCUCACAAUUGCGUUUACUUUGCGACGGAGGUACUGCACCAGCAACGGCAGCUGCUGGCGUUGCUCGACUGCACCACACUGCGGGUUGUGGUAGAGAACGAGCAGCUCAGUGCCCUCCAACCCGCACUAAACGGCUUCCUGCGGGAGGUGUUGGCACAAAAACUGAAACUCGAAACCACAGCGACGACCGUGGUCGGCGCCGGUGGUCCAAACGGUGAGCUGUGGGCCAACAGCAGCAUCAAGAACGUGUUUUACCAGCAGGAAAACGAUACGAAGGAUCACUUCCCUUCACCCAAGGAGUUUGGUGCGUUUAACAAGCAACGCGAUUCGUUCUACACCAUUUUGAGGAUAUGGGAAACCGAGCAUCUGAAUUCGGGAUGGGAAUUCGAGGCGAAGCUUGGUGCGAAGGUCCGCUCCAUGAUGGAGAUCCUGCAGCACCCCAUCAACAUGGCUCACCUGGCCAAGCUGUUCUGUGCUCAACUGUUAAUAUCAUGUAACUUCGAUAACUCUGCGAGCGAACUGCAGAUGGCAUUGCCGAGCAUUGAUCUGACGAAACUGUCCAAGCUACGGGCGCGCCUGGUAGCACCGAGCCUCUUUUCCACGCAGUACCUGUUUCCGGGGAAUCAGGUUUUUUUCCGUGAUUUCGUGUUGGCCAGCGAGAACCAUCAGAUCUUUAUCGAGCAGUUGAAGGUGGUCCUGAUACACGAGCUGCUCCAGAUGAACGGUUCAACAUACGAAAUAUUCAACGUUGCCAUCCCGGAAAACCAGGGCCGGUCCGAGUAUGUGGUAUCGCCAGAAUCCAUGUCCACGAUGCGAGUGUUGGCAAAGUUCGUGGGAUUCAUUAUAGCGCGCCCGUUCCAGUACGAGGGCUACCGUAGCAUUCUGGUGGACAAUCGGCAAAUUGAGCUACGCAACACGCUGCUGCCGCCGUUCGAUGUGAAGUUGGUUCUUUUGCGAUCCGUAGUGGAGAAGAAGCUUGUUAUCACGAUUCCGUGGAUAACGCAGUACCUUAGCAUGCUGGAUGCAGUAACGCUUCGGUUGCGCUAUUACGAAGAACUUUUCCGGUUGCUGCGCCAAGUUUACCAAGGAACGGCAACGUGCGAGCUCCCGUCACACCGCCCAAUGUUUAUCAUACCCACGUCAAAAUUUAUUGUGCGAGCCUGCCUAGAUUGGUUGUUCGAUCAACCGAACGUGCCAGAAGAAUACUACAGCCCACAAGCCGACUGUGAGAUAAAGGUGGAUGGAAAAUCGCCCACAGCAAACAUAGAACAGUUAGCACUGGAGCAGAUCGGUGGUUUUAGAAAAGGAAAUGAAAUUGCCUCAGACCAAGCAUCCGUUGCCAGCGUGCCGUUUGUGACGAGAUCGAAAAAGAAAGCGGAUACACCGAUCGUCUUCAAUCCGUUGUUGGAGAGUGUUCUAAGUGCUGCCUGCCCGUUUCUAGCGGAUUUUCGGGUGGCAGUGAUGCCCUCGAAAGUGGAAAAAACGUUAUCUCGAACAGGCCGCUACCGUCACAUAACGACACGAUACUCCGGUUCUGUCACGAAACCGACCGGCGCAGAUCAGGACGCAUCGUUCACGUUCGACCCAGCGGCAGAUAUUCAGUCCACCACCGGCACGAACCACCAGACCAGCCAGAAACUUCCCUCACACAUGGAUAUUCAGCAUCGCCUGACAGAAGCGUUUCUGCAAUCGCAAAGCCUUUCCGUGCGCCGAAUGGUCGAGUUCAUCAUCGAACGCGCAACCUCUGCCGUAAUCAAGGAUUUCCAAAUGCUGUACCUUCUGCCGGAGAAGAAAACGGUCACCGAUCGGAUCGGUGUCGUUGAAGUUACCACUUUACGCGAAACUAUGGCCCGGAUCCGGACCGUUUGCGACGAUGCUCUCAAAAACAUUAAUGACACCUGGGAGAGUCACGUGCCAGCAAUGCUCAACAAGCGAAUCACGGAUGCUUUUGAUGGAUUGCUCCCGGUGGAAACGAUCGAGGCCGUGCGGAAGACGUGUAAGAGCAUAGCACUCGACCGAUGUAUCCAAAAAACCAACGAAUGGCGCCAGUCGUACAUGUCAGACACGGACUUGUUUUGCAAAAAUAUAGAAGGAGAAGCCAGCUCAAUGAUCACGGCCAAGCAGCGGCCCAAUGCUCAAAAAAAUCAGCUUCAUAUUCAACAAUCGGAAACAUUGGCUAACGCGAAUGUAGUCCUUAACCUGUCGUCUGAUGGCCCCGUAAUGCCUGCUGUACUUUACAAUACGUUGCAAGCGUUAUUGCAUGAUGCCGCCAGGUCGCCGCACCGUAUUACAGUGGACCAUUUAUCUGAAUUUUUGCAACAAACUCAAAUCUUCCUCGAUGAUCCGGUGCUCAUCAUGACAGGCACAAUGAACCGCAUGUUAGCGUACAUGCUGUUGCAGCUGUUCCUGCUUUUAAUAAAAUCGCGUUGUGAUUUGAUCGUACCUGACAUAGUAGAAGCUGUUGUGAAGAUCUGGAAGCACAAAAAGCUAGAACCACACUGCCAGCCACCGGUAACCGAAGCUGAAGGGUCGCCUACAAUGCGAUUGUCGCCAACGCAAGAUCGUUCAUUCGUUUAUCCAGCCCAAAUUGAGCAGUUCAAGCGCAAACGAAGACAGCAAGAGUCGAAUUAUAUAUUUUCACACUUGAUAAGCAACCGAUUUGUACGAAUGAUGGAGGAAAAUCCUGCACCCAAUGUGCAUUACGAUACAUAUGCCAAGUUUAUCAUCGCUCUGGUCGAGGCGGAAUUGAUAACAAUUAAUUUGCUCAACGAUCAGUUUGUUUCAAUUUUCAACGAAGAGUGGCCUCUGGCUACACUAGAUCGGAUUUCGACGGUUAUCAAUAGAGUACUGAACGACAGCACCAAAGCCAAAUCUGGUCGCUCGCAGCACAAUGUGGAUGAUUCGCAGUCGGAAAUGUUCAUGGAGAUGCUCUCUGAUUUGGCUCGAGGUAUUGAAGAAUUUUGAUAUUCAAGAACUUACCCGACGACCUGUGCAUAUUUUCCCCAAAAGACUCAGGCCCGGCAUUCGCAGCGUGACCGUUUGCAUCGCCAUCGUUGGACCAUGCCGUUUGCAUUUCAAUAUUAUGACACACUCUUACUAUCUUUAAGUGACAUUACGAAUAAAUGCCUUUUCAAUGAGAA